CGACGAACGGGUUCACGCGCACGUCGAGAAUACCAAGAACCUCGGCUUUUCUGGCGGUCUCAGCCCGCGUCGACUUAAGACGAUCAACAUGUCCAUGUCAUUUGAGCUGCAGGACGAGCUUCAAGAUUUCCAGGACUUGAGCACCUACAGCAUCCCCAACGAACAUGACUUGAGCUCAGAGGAUCCUGGGGAACUACUUCAAGAGGCUGUUGGUGCCGUGGCGGCGUCUUCAGACGCGAUUACCGACCCACAAACGUUCGACAUCUUCCGGAGCAUUCUCAAGUAUGCGGAUGAAGUACCCGGAAUGUACAUGAACAAGCUCUUGGACGCUGUUACCUCUGGGUUUGCGGCCGAACUGGACUCUACCAUUCGCGACGUGGAGCACGAAGAACAGGAGGUGUUCAUAGCCCACAAAAUGCCUCUGGAGAUGUACGCAUUCUUGAUUAACUGGUUCGUCAUUGCUGCGGACAAGGUCAAGGCGUCGGAGGACGAGCCGGCACCAGCACCAACGCGAGCUCGUAGGGGGAGAGGAGGGAAGGCGGGCACAAGUCGGGCAGUGGCAGCAAAGAAAAUCGCCGUCGAGACAUGGAGCUGGGCGGACCAUGUAGAGGGUGUUCUCAAGCUCAUGAGCCGCGCAUUGGCCAAGCUCAAAACCCAUCGGAUAUGGUUGACCACGCCGGAGAGAGAGGCCCUCGUAACAUGCCUCACACGUCCAGCAUAUCACGUCGCCGAGAAUGACCAGCACAUGAAAUCCCAAGCCAUCCGGGCGAACGUCUACCGCGUCGUCUGCCUCGCUGUGAAGCACCACUCCCACCAAAUGGCCGCCCAGGUCAACAUCAUCCAGACCCUCCAGUACCACGAACACCUCUCCGAGCCAUGGGCCGAAUGCCUUCAACUCCUCCAUAGCGAGUAUGACUACUCCCAGCUUGGGGAUGAAGUCCUACGCGACAUCGCCUCAAAGAACUUCAACGCCCAAGACACUCGCGGUCCACGCGCGUACUCCAAGUUCCUCACCCGCCUAGCGGAGCUCGCCCCUCGUGCGGUCCUCAAGCAAAUAUCACUUCUGCUCAACCAUCUCGACUCGGAGUCGUACCCGAUGCGCAUGGCACUUGUCGAGGUCGUCGGCUCGCUCAUCCGCGAGGUCGCAGUGGCCGCGGCGCAGGAAGAGAGCACAAACGCGCAGGCGAUCGACCAUGACAAUGAGAAGCGGAGCCAGCAGAUCGAGCGGCUCUUUGACCUUCUGCUCUCGCGCACGCUCGAUCUGUCGUCGUACGUCCGGGCCAAGGUCCUCCAGACGAUAUCGAAGCUGUGCGACAUCCGUCAGGUCAAGUUCCCGAAACAGCGGCUCAAGGCGACGGAAGCUGCGACGGAUAUGCUCGGUGACAAGGCCGCGAUCGUGCGGAAGAAUGCGCUCGCGCUGCUUACGAAGCUUAUCACGACGCAUCCAUAUGCGGUUAUGGAGGGCGGAGAGCUGAACGGGCCGGAGUGGCAGGUAACCUACAAGAAUGCGACGGCGGAGUUGCAAAGAGUCGAAGGAAAGUUGGGCAAAGCCAUCGAACGCGAAGAGGAGGAAGAGGAAGCAGGUCAGACAGAGGCGGACGGCGAAGAGACGGAUGGAGAAGAAGACGAGGCAAAGAGGUCCGACGACGAUAUGGAAGUCGACGAAGACGCUCAGGAUGGCAAUACCGAGGCAGACGGCUCGGAUGAGGAAGCCAGAGACCCGGACGAUCCGGACGCAACUCCUAGGAAGAAACACAAGAAGUCCAAGAAGCUCAAGAAGAAGCCUCGCAAGUCCGAGCUCAAUAUGAACGCGGUAGUGUCGGAGAACCUCGCAGUCGCAGCGCUGGAGUCGAAUGAAUACAUGUUCAUGAAACGGCGCAAAGAGUACUGCACAGAUGCGCUCGACUUCAUACAUAGGCUCGAGGGCUCUGUGGAGGAAAUCGAGAAUUUACUUGGGAGUUUAAGCAAGGCAGAGGUGUUGGAGGCGAUGGAGUUUUUCCGGGUUGCAUAUGCGUAUCGCUUGGAAGGUGCUGAGAUUGGUAUCAAGCGUAUGGUUCAUCUGAUCUGGAGCAAGGACAACAGCUCGACGUCGGAGGAUGACAAAGAGCUCAAGGGCAUCAGAGCACGCCUGCUAGAGUGUUACAAGAGCAUCUACUUCGAACCUCCUGGGGACCUUGGCCACAAGCAGCAGAUCAACUGGAUCGCAAAGAACAUGAUUGAGUUAACGUACGAUGCAACCCUUGCUGAGCUGACCAGCUUGGAGGAGAUGCUGAAAGCAUUCAUGGAGGAUAACCAAAUUUCGUAUGAGGUCAUUUCGAAACUUUGGCAAGUCUACGGCUCCUCGAGGCAGCUUCCUCGAUCUCAACGGCGAGGUGCCAUAAUCAUUCUCGGGAUGCUCGCUGUCGCGAAGCCAAAUGUCGUUAGCGAGAGGUUAUCAACCUUACUGCAAGUCGGCCUAGGUCCAGUGGGCAGGUCUGACCUCAUGCUUGCCCGAUACACCUGCGUUGCACUGCAGCGGCUCACUGGUAGCGCAAAGAAGGUCAAAGGUUCACUUCAUGACAAAAAUAUUCGUCUCGAGAUGAACCACUCGAUUUUCAAAAAGUUGCAGAAAACGAUCGAGUACCCCUGCCGCUCAAAGGACUGGUUCGGCAUGGCUGAGCAGGCGAUCAACACCAUCUACGCUCUUGGCAUGCAUCCGGACGAGUUGUGCAGUGCGAUCAUCAAGAACCUUACUCGGCGGGCAUUUACCAAGCGUCCUCCAAAGCCAGAGCGGAGCAGCUCCGAGGAAGAGGCGGACGAGAUAGCUGCGGUGCUCGACGAAGAUAAGGCUCCUCAGGAGGAGAAGGGCCAGGGCCACGACGAGGAUGAAGACGAGGACAGGAUGGAUGAAGAUGAGCCGCCUGCGUUUGCGGCGCCUGCGCAGUCGGAAGAGCCAGCGUCGCAGUGGCCCGGAUCGAGUUCACCCAGCCGUUCCCAGCCUCCAAGCGACGACAUGGGCGACGUAUUCCAGCUUAGCCAACUGCUCUUCGUCGUUGGCCAUGUCGCCAUCAAGCACAUCGUUUACCUUGAGCUCGUCGAACGGGAAUGGAAGCGGCAGAAGGACGAACGGGAAGCUGCUGAGAAACUCGCAGCUGGCAAGGGCUCGACGGAAAAAGACUCCAAGGACGGCGAAGAGCUUGAUCAAGUCGCUGGUAACGCGGAAGACGAGAUCGGCGAACGCCUUGCUGGCGUGCGAGAGACCGAGCUGCUUUACGGCCCAGAGUCGCUGCUGGCGGUGUACGGCCCACUUCUUGUACAUGUGUGCGGAAGCCCGCAUAAAUUCAAGAAUCGGACCCUCAAGUCGGUGGCCACUCUUUCCUUCAGUAAAUUCCUUUGCAUCAGUUCCCAGUUCUGCGAUGCGCACCAUCACCUCCUCUUCAAGAUCCUCGAAACCUCGCGCGACCCCAACCUACGCGGUAACAUUGCCAUCGCGCUCGGUGAUGUUGCCGUGUCGUUCAGCACCAUCAUCGACGAGAACAGCAAUGAGCUCUACAAGGGCUUGUCAGAUGAUGACCUCAUCGUCAGGAAGAAUACGCUCAUGGUGCUCACACAUCUUAUCCUCAACGGCAUGAUCAAGGUGAAGGGCCAGCUCGGCGAAAUGGCGAAAUGUCUCGAAGACACAAAUGUUCGUGUUUCGGACCUCGCGAAGCUCUUCUUCAAGGAGCUGUCGACGAAAGAGAACGCCAUCUACAAUAACCUUCCUGAUGUUAUUAGUCAUCUUUCGACGGGAGAGCACGCCGUAGAGGAGGAGAUAUUUCAAAACACAAUGAAAUACAUUUUCACUUUUGUCGAGAAGGAAAAACAAUCGGAGAGCAUCGUCGAAAAGCUGUGCCAGCGUUUCCGGUUAUCCGAAGACCCCCGGCAAUGGCGCGACAUUGCGUUCUGUUUAUCUUUGCUAAACUUCAAGUCGGAGCGCUCGGUCCGGAAACUUAUCGAGGGUUUGCAAUAUUACCGAGACAAGUUACAUGAAGAGAAGGUGUUCGAGCGCUUCCAGGAGAUCCUUCAAAAGGCUCGUUCGAAUAAGGCUGCCAACAAGCCAGAUAACGAGCUCAACGAAUUCGAAGCCAUUCUGGAGGACCACAAAAGGCAAGGCGAGGAGGAUAAUGCCCUGGAACGGAGAGUGGAGGGCAAGAAGGCCGCGGCAAAGAAGAAGGCGACACGGAAAUCAAAUCGCAAGAAGGGUGGAGGGACUAGAGCAACGAGGUCUCGCGCGGAACCCGAGGAGGAAGCUGACGCUGAGCCUGAAGUGGCUGAUGAGGACGACUUGUAUGAGUAA